UGACGAGAGGUGGCCGAAACAGGGAGACAUCAAGGGACCCUCAGGCAGCACCAUGGCGGACGGUGGCUCGGAGCGGGCUGAUGGGCGCAUCGUCAAGAUGGAGGUGGACUACAGCGCCACGGUGGAUCAGCGUCUGCCCGAGUGUGAGAAGCUGGCCAAGGAAGGAAGGCUUCAAGAAGUCAUUGAAACCCUUCUCUCUUUGGAAAAACAGACCCGUACGGCUUCUGAUAUGGUGUCUACAUCCCGUAUCUUAGUUGCAGUAGUGAAGAUGUGUUAUGAGGCUAAAGAAUGGGAUUUACUUAAUGAAAAUAUUAUGCUUUUGUCAAAAAGACGGAGUCAGUUAAAACAAGCUGUUGCAAAAAUGGUUCAACAAUGCUGUACUUACGUUGAGGAAAUCACAGACCUUCCAAUCAAACUUCGAUUGAUUGAUACCCUACGAAUGGUUACAGAAGGAAAGAUUUAUGUUGAAAUUGAGCGUGCACGACUGACUAAAACAUUAGCAACUAUCAAAGAGCAAAGUGGUGACGUCAAAGAGGCAGCCUCUAUUUUACAAGAGUUACAGGUGGAAACCUACGGGUCAAUGGAAAAGAAAGAGCGAGUGGAGUUUAUUUUGGAGCAAAUGAGGCUCUGCUUAGCUGUGAAGGAUUACAUUCGUACACAGAUCAUCAGCAAGAAAAUUAACACCAAAUUUUUCCAGGAAGAAAAUACAGAGAAAUUAAAGUUGAAAUACUAUAACUUAAUGAUUCAACUGGAUCAACAUGAGGGCUCCUAUUUGUCUAUUUGUAAGCACUACAGAGCAAUAUAUGAUACUCCCUGUAUACAGGCAGAAAGUGAAAAGUGGCAACAGGCUCUGAAAAGUGUUGUCCUCUAUGUUAUCUUGGCUCCUUUUGAUAAUGAGCAGUCAGACUUGGUUCACCGAAUAAGUGGUGACAAGAAGUUAGAAGAAAUCCCAAAAUAUAAGGAUCUUUUAAAGCUUUUUACCACAAUGGAGCUGAUGCGUUGGUCUACACUUGUUGAAGACUAUGGAAUGGAAUUAAGAAAAGGUUCUCUGGAAAGUCCUGCAACUGAUGUUUUUGGUUAUACAGAAGAAGGUGAAAAAAGGUGGAAAGACUUGAAGAACAGAGUUGUCGAACAUAAUAUUAGAAUAAUGGCCAAGUAUUAUACGAGGAUAACAAUGAAGAGGAUGGCACAACUUCUGGAUCUAUCUGUUGAUGAGUCAGAGGCUUUUCUCUCGAAUCUCGUAGUAAACAAGACCAUCUUUGCUAAAGUAGACAGAUUGGCAGGAAUUAUCAACUUCCAGAGACCCAAGGAUCCAAAUAAUUUAUUAAAUGACUGGUCUCAGAAACUGAACUCAUUAAUGUCUCUAGUUAACAAAACUACACACCUCAUAGCCAAAGAGGAGAUGAUACAUAAUCUACAAUAAGGGUCGAUGCUCUUAAUGCUUUUAGAAAAGAGUUAAACUUGGAAAUCAUUAAAAAAAAAAAAAAAAAAAAAAAAGACUGUUAUGGUGUAUAUGUUGGGUGUUUUUUCUAUUCUCAACUUCUUUGUCUAACAUUUAAAAUAUAGUGAAUAUGUUUGAGGCCCCUUUCAACUCCCUGAUUUUGUUGUUAACUUUUCAUUUACAAUUGGUGCAAAAAUAUGAUACAUUUCUAUUGUCUGAGUGCUCAAAAAAUUGUGUCAUAACUUACCCAAAUGUUUUCCUAUCAUUUGAAACCUUUUAGCUAUUAUUUGUUUUCAUUCAGCUAACAACCAUAAUUAUAAUAAAAGCAGUAUAUGCACGUUUAUUUUCUA